AUGCGAUCUACCCUCCGGCUGCUGGCCAGCGUCAAACCGGCCCGGUACUUGGAGCCUUUCGCUCCGACCGGUUUGACUGGUCUGAACACACACCCAAGCCCUCGUCCCACCUUGAUCUACCUCUACACAUCUACGCUGGAGAAACUGAAGGCUUUUCCCGAGUCCUCCGCCUACCGCCAGUCUACCGAGGCAUUGACCCGCCACCGACUGCGGAUCGUCGAGUCUACGAAGCCGGCUGGAUAUGAAGCUUGGUUGGAACGCGUAAAGAAGGCCGUCGCGACCGAACCCGAGCGAUUUGCUUCGCUUCGACUGGCGGAUGGAUCUUACGCUGGAAUUCAACGUUCCGACAACAGCGACAACCCCCGCGGAGAGGAGUGGGACGGAGAAAAGUUGGAACCUACCACGGAGGGCCCUGCUCGUACGCCGGAACAACAGGCCCGUUGGGAGAAGGAUAUGGAGGAGGGUACAUCCUCUGCCGCGGAGUCCGAGUCGGACUUUCACACCCUGCAGAUGAAAUGGGAGAAUGAACCCGCCCUGGACGCUGACCAGAUCGCCGAGAUCGAGCAGCAGAUUGGAGCUGGCCUCAUUGAAGAAGUCAUCCAAGUGGCCGAGGGUGAAAUGAAACUGGUGGAUGAGCUGUACAGGUCCAAGUCCUGGGAGGAACUCGAAGAGAAGCCUAAGCCCGGACAGUGGACUUACUUCGAACGCAAAACGGAAUAG